GAAGUUAUCCAAGCCUCCACUUCAACAAACUGUUCAUUAACCCACUUAUUUUGCCUGCUAAACAAAAAAGGCUGUUCUGCUAAUGAGAUAUAUUUCGAAGUCUUGACGAAUAGAGAUUGAUCUCUCAUAUGAGGAAAGCAAUGAGAACACGGUCAAGUUCACCUCCAAUUCAUGUGCAUGUCAACGAUGCCACACCAGUCCAUGUGCAUGUGAAGAGCCAGAGGACAAGUCUUGCCAGGACACCUCAGACCAAGGUCGACAGAGGAAACCUCCGCCCUACAGCCAGAGUCAAAACUCGAGUGCCAUGGAUACCACCAGGAAAGGCCUCCAUACGGGAUGCUUCAUACAAGUGGGAGGGGCCAACACACUGCCUUGAGAUCACACCACCGCUCCCUGAACCAGGACUUGAACAUUCCCAGUCUGCACUACAUUUAGCUGACCUCACAUCAGAGGAAGAAGAGGGGCUGCAUGGAAGAAUCAGUCAGUAUGAGAGGAAGAUUGAGCGCUUACUGACUGAAGUUAGCACUCUAAAGAAUGAGGUGGAACUGCGGAAGCAAGAGCAGCUGCUGGAGCGUCAGUCGGAGCAGCUAAGUGUCUCCCAGCGGGUGAUCGUGGAGCAGGAGGAGGAGCUGGCUGAGGUGACCAAGGAGCUAGAAGAGACUGAGCGGGAGAAUUCGCGAUUACGCCAAUCCAUGGAGAAGAUGCUGGUGGAGAUGGACCACAACAGACAAGACGGGGACAGUGUGCAACAAGACAAAGAUGCUCUGCACAGAAAACUGAUGGAGGCUGAGUUGGAUGGGACAGCAGCUGCCAAGCAAGUCUCAGCUCUGCGAGAAUCUGUUUCCAAACUGUGCGGUGCUGUUGGCACUAGGCUGUCUGGCUCUGAGUCUGAAGUCUUGGCCCGUCAGAAGGAGCUGCUUCUACAGAAACUUGAGACAUUUGAGGCCACAAACCGAACUCUGCGUCACCUUCUCAGAGAGCAGCAGGGGUCCCAGAUGGAGUCACUCCGAGUGUCAGAACAGAGAGAUGCAUUACUCAAGAGACUGGCGGACACAGAGGCAGAAAAUGCUCAUCUUGUCGUGAAACUUCAAGAGAAGGACAGAGAGGUUAAUGAACUCUCCAAACUUUUAGACACUGAAAAGGACAAUGCCAGGAGCACAACUGAGUUGUCCAAGAGUCUGGAGUCAACAAGAGCUCAUUUACAGGGACAGCUCCGAAGCAAAGAAGCUGAGAACAACCGACUUACCUUGCAGAUAAAGAACCUGGAACGAGCAGCCAACCAGCAAAAGGUGGAGAUGGAGCAUCUGACUGAGCAGCUGGCAAGGCUGAAGCAGCAGUCCAGUGCAGAUCGAGAGGUUCUGAAACGAGCCACGCGGGCCCAGAAACAGCGAGCUGAGCGCAGUGAGGACACGGCAGGACAACUGAGCGUCCAACUGCUGGACAUGGAGAAGCAGGUGGUCAAUGCGCUGUCAGCAGCUGAGACCUGGCAAAGUCGCCAUGCCCAAGAAGUGAAAGAGAAGAGUAAACUGGAGAUUGAACUGUCACUGUUGAACAGCCGUAUAGCAGAGCUUACGGAGCAGCUGCAGGGUGCAGGGGAUAAAGGCAGAGCAGAAAGAGAAGCCCUGCUGGAUCACCUGCAUGAACUGACCAAAGAGAGCACUGCUGCCAAACUGGAGAACCAGUCCCUCAAGGCUACAGCGUCUGCAGUGGAGGAGAAGCUGGCCUUGUCUCAGUCAGAGCUCCUGCAGGUCAAAGCUUCAAUCCAGCAAUAUGAAAGCCUGCUGGACAGCUAUAAGAUCCAGGUCGGAAAAACCCGGGCUGAAGCAGAUGAGUACCGUGCUCGGCUGGCUGAGGCGGAGCAGAAGGCCCAGGCAAUGCGCGGGGAGCUGGAACAGGAAAUAGAGGAGGUGCGCAGGGAUCUGCUGGGGCGGCUGGCAGAGCUGGAGCCUCUUCCUGAAGUCUUACGACGCUCUGAACUCCAGCUGCAGGAGGCUCAGGACAGGGAGCGCAACCAGGAGAGGCGCAGCAUGGAGCUCAGCACAACCCUGACUGAUCUCCGAAUGAAGGUGGACACCCAGGGCAGCCAAGUAGAACUUCUGAGGCAGAAGAACAAGGUGCUGCUGGAGGAGAACAGACAGCUUCAGCAGCGAGUGGAGAAUUUGGAAAGAAAGCUGGAGGAGGCUGGCAGUCAGAACAGCGACCUGCAGGCAGUCAUUGCCAAACGGGAAGACACCAUCCACAGUAAUCAGCUCCGUCUGGAAGAGAAAACAAGGGAAUGUUCCCUGCUCAGCAGAAAGCUGGAGGAGGCUCUGGGGGAUGCUCGCCAACAGAUAUCAGAGACCAGAGGACUUGCUGCCACCAAAGAACGCUCCACCCAGUCCAAGAUACUGGAGCUCGAGACCCAACUUAGCAGGACUAACUCAGAAAUCAACCAACUGCGACGCAGCAAAGAGGAGGUGGAGCGGCGGUACCAGAGCCGACUGCAGGAUGUGAAGGAUCGCCUGGAGCAGUCAGACAGCACCAACCGAAGCCUGCAAAACUAUGUCCAGUUCCUCAAAGCCUCAUACGCCAAUGUGUUUGGAGACUUGGCCCUCGGCAGCUCACUGCGUGCCCCCUCACCCAUCUGACAUCCUGUCUGUCAGAGGUGUACUACAAGCACACAUUCCAAAACAGUACAAUGGUAUGAGCCUGUUACUUUAAGAUUUGCUAAGAGCUGGAGGCUGUAAAGAUGACGUGCUUGGUCAGUUGCCUGGUUGCUUGUGUCAUUCCAUUUUAAACCAGUUGGGUGAAGAGCAGCAGUAUCUACUAACUGCGAGUGAGGUUUUUAGAAUGUAAGACUUGUCUCAGUAAACAUUUGAUUAGACCUGAAUUGGUAGACAAUGUAACAAGGAUACACAUCUUGCUUUGCCUGGGGGGUACUUUUGCAAAAUGACAGGUGGUCAGGGGCCAGUCACAAAAGCCCCGCACAGGUCAGGUUUACGCAGGGGUGUUUUCUAGAUUUGAGGAUAUCUGGAGCUUAACCUGGACCUCUGUCAGAGUCGGGGGACCCUCCCCUGGCACAGUUUUGAUUAACAAGCUCUAUUUUAAUUUUUUUAUGCACCCUGGCAGCUUAUUUAUAUAAAAAGUUUUUUAAAAAUCCUAUUGUCAAUCAACUUGUUUUCAUUGUGAAUUAGAAAAUGACUGGGGGGCUACCCGGCACCCUUUUGCCGGCUACAUUUGUCCCACGGGCCAAAUCACUGCAAUAUAAUAUGUCAUUAGAUUAAAAAUUUUAAAAAAAAUCCAAAAAAUGAUGCUGUUUUGUUUGAAUAAUGCCAGGCAAGUGGGGCAAAAUAAAUAAUGUUGUGACAGUUUGAUUUAACAUGUAGGGUCAUGUAUUCCAAAGUUACCCUACUUAUGGCCCACUAAUAUUUUUAAAUUGUACUGCAUUUUGUAAUUUGGGGAACUGACAUGGGCAGCGUAGGGCGUUCAGUUGGCAUCCAGAGUGCCAGUGCACACUUUGGUCUCAUUUUAACUGCUCUGAAAGUAGAGCAUGGUAGUUUGAAUGUCCUGAGCAUUCUUUUUUUUCCAAACAAAUUAACCAACGGCACAAUGGAACUUUGGGCUUUCACUCCCCCACUGUGUCCAAGGACUGCUGUAAGUAGUAUAAUUAAUUUUUGAAGUAAAGUAUGCUAUACAUUUCUGUUUAUGUUAAAGGUUGUGAGUGGUAAUGAAAAUCUUAUUAUGGGCACUUGAAAAGUUAUGGAAAAAUUUUGGAAAUUUGUCCAUGAACAUGUGCAGGAACAGGGGAGGAGACUAGGGCUCCACAACUUACCAGGCAUAAAGCAAAUUAUAACAUUGAUAUAUUAUAGGCUGGGUUUCGAGUGUGCACUGCAAAAUGUACAGGUGUAGAGAAUUGUGUACGGCCAGCAUCUCACCUCAAAUUUUGAUACUGAAACAAAUGUACAUCAACUAUGCCCAUCUGGGCUUUUAUAGUGUAUAAACUAAUUUGGCUGCUUCACUACUAUUCUGACUGCAUACCUGUUGGCAUAUUAAACCACAACUUCUUACUAUGUAAAAGGAGAUAUAAGUUACACCUUAUGUUGCUUUUCCAUAUGUUUGGGAUACUCAGGCCAUACUGUGAACAGCUGUGAUAAGAGGCAAUACUGCGAUGCAAGUACACAUAAUUUUAUGAAAGGACACAAAGUUAAAAAGUAUUUUUUACCCUUAUGACAUGCUAAACGUUUGAUGGUUCACACAAAUUGCACCAAGCACCUGUGACUUGCAGCCCUUCAUCUAUCCAGCUCACUCUUGCUGCUGUUUUUACCAUUCCUUUCCGCACCAUUCCAUUAUAAAGCCUUGCAAGUCGGCACUAAGGCACAAGUCUCAGGCACUAAUCUCAGUGAUGAACAAAAGGAGCCUUACUGUACAGUGUUUACCCCACUGCUAUGCAAAAAUGAGUCGUGACAGACUGAACAAAAGCUGCUGAGGUUCAGCAGAGUAAUUGCAUAAUCAUUUGUUUUCUUGUUUUUCCUAUAUGCUUUAUGAUUUCAUCAGAAUUUCAUGUUGGAUCUUCAAGACCAAAUAUCAACACUAAAUAGUCGUGUAUAUUCGGACUUAUCAAAAGUUUUCAACAUGAUGGCGCCUUGGAGCUUUUCAAAUUAAAUGUUUUUUCUGCCGAAAUAUAUGAUUGGAUAUUGAAGUAUUUUACAUGCCAAACCCAAUGAACAUUGCUCAUCUUCUUUAUCCAGCCUUCACAGUAUCCUUUAUUUUCAACCUCAGCUAGUCAUGACAUAAGGUAAUGCGUCUAAUGUCCAGAAUUAUAAGACUCCAUUCUGUACUUGUGCUGCUGUAUACUAAAACUAUUGAUUUAUUUUUUACAUUUAUACAACUCAAACAAAGCCAUCUAUGAUGCAUUAUGUGCUGAAAUGUAUCUACGCUCUUUGAUUGUAUGGAGCUGAAAACAUUGGUGCUAUCGCUGUCCUUUGGCUGGUACAAGACAGUGUGUGUCAAAAUAGUUAUUUUUGGUUUACAGAUUGACAUGCAACAUUAUUGAAAUCAAUAGUUGUUUAAUAACUGAAUUGUUUAUAUCCACUAUGGGUAAAUUAAAAGCA